GGGUGGGCAAAUAACAAAUAUGCUAGAGAGAAUCACGACAUGUAAUUACAGGGAGGUGCUGGGCCGGAAUUUCGGCAUUUUCGAAAAUACCCAUAAUCAAUAACCAGAGCCCUGCCCGUGUGUGUGCGCGCUCUGAUUAUUGAUCGAGGAGUUGUGUGUUGAAUACUGAAAGAUAUGGGUAGUCAAAACCAAGGUGAAGCCGAAGAGACAAUGGCCAAAGUAGCAAAAGCGGCUGAUGAUCUCUACAACAUCCGGGACACCUAUUUUCCAGCAAACCCGGAUGACAAAAUCUCCAAAUUGCAGACAGAAUCAGAUCUCGCUCUCAAGCUUCUCGAUUCCAUACCUUCAGAACAAAGAAAAACACCAAUGCAUCGUGCAACAUGUGAAUAUUUGAGAGGAAAGGUAUUGGAUGUGUUUCCUGAUCAUAGAAAAGAAGCUGAAGAUCAUCUCUCAAAAGCUGUUAAGUUAAAUCCAUCUCUUGCAGAUGCUUGGCUAUGCUUAGGUAACUCUAUCUGGAAGAAGGGAGAUCUUCUUUCAGCAAUGAAUUGCUACAAACUAGCACUAAGCAAGGGUCCAAACAAGCGGAUACUCUGUCAAUUGUCAAUGCUUGAAAGAAAAUUGGCUCAAGGUGCCGAGAACAAGGCAGAACGUGUUGAAGAAAGCAUUCAACAUGCAAGGGAAGCCAUUACUCUGGAUAUCAAAGAUGGGAAUUCUUGGUACAACCUAGGAAAUGCAUGCCUCACAAGUUUUUUUGUGACUGGAUCAUGGGAUCACAGCAAACUUCUGCAGUCACUGAAAGCAUAUCAAAAUGCUGUACGUGAGAAGGAUGGAAAAAUGAAGUCAAAUCCAGACCUAUACUUCAACUGUGCUACUGUAAACAAAUAUCUAGAGAACUAUGAGAGGGCCCUUAGUGGAUUUGAAGCUGCUGCUUUAAAGGAUCCUGGUCUAAAUGCAACUGAGGAGGUUCAGAAGAUAGUCAAUCUUCUUGAGAAGUUAGAGAACUUGUUGAAGGGACAAAUUAAGGCGAAACGGCUCGCUUCUUCGGCAUCAGCAGUAGCUUCUGUUAGUUUGAGUUCUUCAUACAAAAGAGCUACUAUUGAUUGUCUGUCCGAGGGUCUGAACAAAACAGUUGCACUUGUGGGAAAGGUUCUAUUCUUUGUUAAGCAUGAGAAUGUCGCUCCCCUAUACUAUUUGGUGUGUGAUUCAAAUCAGAUAUGCUAUGUUCUCUCCUUGUAUGGGAUACACAAUGAUGCAAUCAAAGAAGGAGAUCAAGUCACACUAUUGGAGCCUUAUUACCGAUAUGUUGAUUUUUCUUGGAAAAGAAAGUGUUACCAGUUCAGAUCAGUUCGUGUGGAUUUCUUAGAGCAAAUGCUUGUGAAUGGGAAUGCUAUAUCUCCUCACCAAGCGGUUCGAACUUCAAUUUUGGCACAACAUAAGCCUUGAAUCGCCUUAACUAGUUUGAAAAUGGAAUAUUUGUGAGUUUUGUACUUAGCUGGGGUUUUGAUGAUCCCCUCUUCAAUUUGUAUGCUGUUUUAUAUGUAAAUAGAUUAGGAACACUAGAGAUGUACAAAUGAAUUGUGAUUGCAAAUUCUUGCCUCUCUAUUCAAAUGACACAAAUGGAGAAAAAAUUGGUGUGACU